UUACCUUAGUGUUUGUGUGUACGGUGAUGUGCGCGGCGCCACGUCGGCAGAAGUGCAGAAGAAGACGCGAACAAGAGGCGAAGAAGACCCAAGACGACGACGAGGAUCGCCGGUGCGUGCGUGGCGCCGCCCGCGAAGCAAAGCCAACCUGCGAGGAGACAAGACGCCUGCACGAGCAGCAGGGCAAAGAAGGCCGGUCGCGGCGAGCCUUCUCCACUUUGGAGCUGCUCACUCCGAGUCGUCACAGGCUGACAGACAAGCAGCGUCAAGUUGCUCCUGCGCCAUCCAGGUGGCACAAUGGUCAAGAAUGCGAAUAACGUCAAUGUGGAGCCUCAGCCGGGCAUGACCCUGGCCUCCGAUCAAACGGAGCUCGCCUGCACUGGGACUGCUGAGGACUCGUGCAAGGAGCACGCGACGGCGCAGCCUGGCAUAAUGUGGCGGGUGACGGGAGGCCUCUUCAGCGUCACCAAGGGCGUGGUGGGCGCGGCCGUGGGCGGUGUGGCCUGGGUGGGCGGCAAGAGCCUGGAGAUCACCAAGUCAGCCGUCGGCGCUGUGCCGGCCGCCGGCGUGGGCCUGGUGAAGGGCGGUGUGUCGGCCGUGGCGGGUGGUGUGUCCUCAGUGGGCGCCACUGUGGCCAACAAGGUGCCCUUCACCACCAAAAGAAAGGACAAGGCGGAGUGAGGCUGACCCAUGAGAACUUUGGCAGAGGCUGCGCGUGCCGUCUCGUCCUUUUGAAGCCUCCAAUGCCCCCCCCCCCCACACACACACACACACACACCAAUGAGCAUCAUCAACUUGAGUCCAGGUUUUUGGCACGGAAUGGAAAGCGCGCCACACACGGGCGACCUGUGCCCAUCAAUCUUGAGCGAGUGCAAUCCGGACUGGUCUUGACCAAUAUUUUGCAAUUUCUUGUUUUGUCGCUUUCAACACUCGUGCUCAAUUUCAUGCGAAGGAAGAGCCUUGUGUUCCAAGUUCCAGCAAGGAGUAAUUCCCCCCCCCCCCCCCCCCCCCCCCCCAACUGGACAGGAGAGAAAGUGCCGCACAAGGCAGGAGCUCACAAUAAAAAGCCUAUUUAGGGAGGGAACAAGUCAUACUUUGGAGAGGUGGAUUUUUCUCAAAUUUUUAAUUUACGCCUAUGUUUCAAGACAAAUAACAUGCAUUUGUUUUGUUGCAAAUAAGUUUAAAAAAAAAAAAUAAAAUUGAGGCAUUCUAUACCCCCCCCCACAAGUCAUUUUUGGGGAGAAAAAUGCAUUGAUAAUUGAUUUCGUAGCCUUCCCAGAAAGUAAGACCAAGUCGAAGCAAACCUUACUCUCAUUCCGUCACGACAUUUCUUGUCGUCUUUUCUUUUGCGGGCCUCAUAGUACUCCUUUGUAUACGUUUGUGUUGUGUGUUUAAAACAAUCGAUACGAAAGCGAACACUCGCAAGGAAUAGACUAUUUCCAACCGAUGUUUUUGCUGUUGAAAUGCUUUUUUCUGCAAUAGAUGGGAAAAAAGAAAGAAGUGCCUGCUUGCUCAGUACAAGCCAAUGUGUAAGUUCAACUUGACUGACUGCUGUCUGUGGAUGUUUUCUACCACAUUUCAAAGUGCCAGCGCAUCUCUGCCGGUGAGAUGGAGUCGUUGACGAUGGGAAUCUGUCACUCGGAUGUGUCUUUUUGAUAUAUCAAUAAAGUAGUUUGAAAAUGGAAA